GGUUAAUGGAGAAGACCUACGAGACGCUACCCAUGAUCAUGCAAUCCAGGUACUACGCCAAACUCCAUCAACCGUGAAAAUCUCUGUGUUCCGCGAUGAUAACCAAGUCAAAGAGGAAGACAUUUACAAUAUAUUUGCUGUAGAGCUUAUGAAGAAGGCAGGGCGAGGGCUUGGGCUCAGUAUCGUCGGCAAACGUAAUGAUGUUGGAGUUUACAUCUCAGACAUUGUAAAGGGGGGAGUGGCUGAGGCUGACGGCAGACUUAUGCAAGGGGACCAGAUUUUAGCAGUGAACGGAGAAGAUAUGAGGAAUGCAACACAAGAGUAUGCAGCCACUGUGCUCAAGACAACAAUGGGGAAGAUUAAUCUUUCUGUUGGGAGACUAAAGGCGGGCUCUCGCACAUCCUCAAGACACAACUCAAAUUCUGGCAAUGCUCUCAAGAAAUCAGAAUCUUCAGCUAGCAACAAGUCAAGAGGGAAACAUAACAAAAGUCUAAGUGAAGACAUUAGUUCUCACAUUAGGGUUGUGGAGCUACAACAUGAUGCCGCUGGUUCGCUUGGACUCAGCAUCGCAGGAGGUAUCGGUAGUUCCAUCGGAGAUGUGGCUGUUAUGAUUGCUAACAUGACGCCUGGAGGACCAGCAGAAAAAAGUCACAAUCUGAAGAUUGGAGAUAAGAUCUUGCAGAUUAACGACCAAGUGACAGACGGCUUGAGCCAUGAUGAAGUAGUACAACUGUUGAAGACACCUGGUGUUGUUAGACUACAAGUCCAACAUGGUGAGGAAAAGCGUGUCAGCGUAAGUGGUCACCCCUCACGCCAAGUCAGCAUGGAUAUGUCACAGGAAGCUGCUAACACUCAGCUCGUGGCUACAGGCACAGACAAUGUGUUUGAUGGAGAUGAAGAUGGUGCCCCCCCACAACAGAAAGUCAUCACAUUAGUGAGAGGUGGAGAUGGACUUGGUUUCUCUAUCGUUGGUGGUCAUGGAAGUCCCCAUGGCGACCUUCCUAUCUAUGUCAAAAAUGUAUUCGCAAAAGGUGCUGCAGCAGAAGAUGGAAAUCUGAAACGAGGAGAUCAGAUAUUGGUAGUGAAUGGCGAGAGCCUUGAAGGCUGCAGUCAUGAACAGGCUGUUGUGAAACUGAAAAAUGCCAAAGGAAAUGUUGUAAUGACCAUUCUUACAUCAUAACACAACAAGUAGCAUGUCUGAAGAUAAGGCAGGACAACCAUUCCUACAACAUGAUCUAUCGUCCUUUGUCAUAUCACCGUGGAUUGUCACACAGCAUCAUUUUAUAUCCUUGUCUUCUAUUGGUUGGAGGACCAACCUGUUCUUUAUAUAGUGUAUGAACAAAAUGGAUAAUGUUUAUUCAGUUGUCUGAGUGUAUCAAUUUGUACAGCAUUUUCACUUCUUUUUGUUGUAGCACAAAUUUCUUAUCAUUAUCAGACAAAUUGAUGAUUUUAAAGAACUGAAAUAGAUUAUUUGUUCAAAUAGUUCUCUGUCUGUGGUCCAACCAAACACUCUUCUCUCUUGUUAUCACGGGUUUGUAAGAAGUUCUGGAUGCAUCAUUUUCAGAUGUAAGUUUGAAAUGAUGAUUAGUGAUGUAGGAUGGCUGAAUAGAUCACAUCUGUACAUUUUUUAGGUUCCUUUUGGUACAUUUAAUUGCUCAUAUUUGAUAUUUGGAUUAGAAAGACAAGACAGGAUCCAACUGAUAUAGAACAAAGGAUUUGAAAUUAAUGUGAAGUAGAGAUUAUG